AUGAUUCGUCAAAAAAUAUCAACAAAUCCAGAGUCAAUGCAAGAAUUGCAUCUGAAAUAUGGUUGGAUACCAGGAGGUGAAAGUAUUCGACCUGAUGCUGCCAGCAAAGAAAAAAAACACAAUUACAUCACGAAUAUGUUAACCCGCUAUGUUAGUCUUCAAGAUUUUGUACUACAUCGAUUUUUUGGUUUGAAAUUUGUUCUACAAGGAAAUUGGAACAAUUCAAGAAUGCACGUUCCUGACACAGAAAUUUCUUCUGCUCGAAUAGCUAUGAAGCAAAAUUCGAAAACUCAUGAAGUUCGAUUUGUUCCGAACUUGUUCUCUUAUCAAGUUCCAGCUGAUACAAAUCAUUAUGUUCUUUGGUUUUUUUUAAAUGGAAAUGAAUCAAUUGAUCCAAUAACACAUUCACCUAUAGCUGAUGAUGAAAUUAAUUCAAGUAUUGACGAAGCACUUCGACAAUUAUUAGGUUCUGAUAAUAAUAAAUUUUCAUUUGUAUGGUAUCUCAAUCCAAAACCAACAAUUAUUUCUGAUGUUUUAUAUCAUGUACAAGUUUUUUGGAUACCUUAA